GACAGUCAGUGUAUGGUUUGUUUACCUGCCAAAAGUAUAUCGCCAAAGUUAGCAUUUUUCAAUGUCCAAUUUUAAAAUUAAAUCUUCUCGUGCGUUUUGAUUCAAUAGUUUUCAACAUCUAUCUAUUCUUUGGAAUUGUCACAAGUGAUCGCGCACUUUGUGCGCGUGAACUAUGGACUCCAGCAGUGAAUAUACUUUGGAAGCAUUGAAGAACCUGGAACCCUUGGUAAACCCUGUACGUCAGUAUCGCAACCGGUCAAAAAAGAGGACGGAUCAAAGCCAACAAGACGAAAAUGCUCUAGCAGACGGUGGAGGUAACUGCAGAGCUCUAGGUAACAAAAUGCUGGCAGAAGUUCUAGCUAAAAUAACAAGCUUGCAAAGCAGUAACGAGAGCUGCAUAGACAGGACCAAAAUGGUUAAAACGUACAAUGUGAAACUGCGACUUAAGAAAACGUCUCUGUAUAAAUGCUUUGAUUGCGACAGUUGUUUUACUAAUGCAGAUUUUCUAGAACUACAUGAAAAAACACAUGCCACACUGGAAUUGGAUACAUCCGGAUCCCGACAAGAUAUUGAUCUCAAUCAAGAGCAGUCAUUUGAUGAAUCGGAAAUGAAUCUCAAGCAGAAUGCUUGGUUCGCAGAGGAUUUUGAUGACACCGAGCUAGAAGGAGAAGACGAGGAUGGAAUGAUACAAGUUGACUGCACAGUUGAAGAACGUGAGAACAAUUUCGAUAUAACCUUUGAUAGAACAAAAUGCGAGAAAACUUAUACGGUCAAAUACAAGGUUAAAAAAGAACCAGUAGGCAAAUGUGAGACUUGCGAGAAAACGUUCUACACGCUUAACACACUGGAACUGCACAAAUUGGAACACGAGCGAUUUAUGGAUUUCGAUGCCAUUGAACCGAAAAUCAAUAUUGAUUCUCCGAAAAUUGAAGAAAGUACGAUGAUGCUGGACGAGAGCUAUUAUCAAGCAUUGUCGGAGAAAGACAUCAGUGAUCUUGAUGUGAGCGACUGUGGCAAUGGUACACAAAACGGUCUACCGACAAAUAUCGAAUCAGAAUGUUGCACAACUAUGCUGAACUGCUGAAUUUUAAACCGCAAUGUAAAAACCCAAAUAUUUCCGCUGAGAAAAUUUUAAUUAUUAUUUCCACUGAACUGAAAAGAAUUGUAUUUUGGUUCACCAUGAUGUACUAGAAAAAUAUGAGGAAUAAUACUUUCACACUCCCAAGUAAUGGCAGUUUAUAAGACGUAUUAAUUUUCAAUUCAAAUGAACAAAACCAUGGCAGAAGUUAAUCAACAAAAUGUAUUUCUGAAGAAAUACACCAAUGCAUCAGUUUUAGUUUGUAAUAGAAAUUGAACCUAAUAUGAUUGUUUUCUUUAUAUAGCACUUUCUUGGUUUUAUGUCAAGAAAAAUACAGCAAAUGCCACAAUUCUUUUACAUAGAUGUUUAGGUGAGACAGCUUUGGCAAACACAGAUAAUGCAGCUUCAUGAAAUAUGUUCAGUCCAGGAUGACAUCAUAUGUUCCCUAAGAAAAAAAACGAAUCAUGUACGAGAGAACAAUUGUUUUUAUGUUUAAUGAAUAUAUCAUU